AUGAGAAUUUUUUGGCUCAUAUCAGUCCUGGGUGCUGUCCUUAGCUUGCGUGGCGUGUUCGCAAAUGAUACUCAUACUAACAAUUGGGCGGUUCUGGUUUGCACCUCCAGAUUCUGGUUCAACUACAGACACAUGGCCAACGUAUUAAGCAUGUAUAGAACCGUGAAAAGGCUGGGAAUUCCGGAUUCGCAAAUUAUUCUGAUGUUGAGUGAUGAUGUCGCUUGCAAUUCAAGAAACCUUUUUCCUGGUAGUGUAUUCAACAAUGCUGAUAGGGCAAUCGAUCUUUACGGCGCAUCGGUGGAGGUAGAUUACAAAGGAUACGAAGUUACAGUUGAAAACUUCAUCCGACUUUUGACUGAUCGGUGGAGCAAAGAUCAGCCCAAAUCGAAACGAUUACUGACAGAUGAGAAUUCGAAUAUUUUCAUUUACAUGACAGGCCAUGGUGGCGAAGACUUCCUAAAAUUUCAAGAUGCUGAGGAGAUUUCCUCCUAUGACAUUGCUGAUGCCUUCGCUCAAAUGCAUGAAAAGAAGCGUUAUAAUGAAAUAUUCUUUAUGAUUGAUACCUGUCAGGCGAAUACCAUGUAUUCAAAGUUUUAUUCACCUAACGUGCUGGCUGUUGGUUCAAGUAGGCUUGAUGAAAGCUCCUACUCGCACCAUUCGGACGUUGAGAUUGGUGUAGCGGUAAUCGACAGAUUUACAUAUUACACUCUGGAAUUUAUGGAGAGCAUCGAGAAGAACUCUACCCUAACGUUGCAAGAUCUUUUCGAUUCCUACACCUUUGAUAAGGUUCAUUCACACGUCGGUGUCAGAACAGAUCUGUAUGAAAGAGACCCAUCUAAAGUUUUGGUCACCGACUUCUUCGGUAGUGUUCAAAAUAUUGUUUUGGAUGACAUUGAUCAAGCAGACAAUGCUUAUGAAGAUAGCCAGGAAUCACAAGAAUCGUCAGACCUACCCGAUCACAUUUUACAGCUAGCGAUAGAAAAGAGCAGAGAUGAAGUGACCUCUAAAAAAAACGAAUCAAAAGUCCACAUCAGAAAGGCUACAUUGGUGGACUAUGAAGACAGCAUAGCAGAAAUGUCCAAAGUAAGUCAUCACAAAAUGUUACUAGAAGUUCGGGUAUUUUUAAUCUUUAUGGGACUUCUCAUUGUUUACUAUUAUUCAAGAAAACGUUAA